AUGAAAGCCGGCUUGGGCGUCCACGUCUGCUGCUUCUACUUGGUCUCAGCAUGGUUGAUUCAUGGUGCUCAUGCAGCACAAGGGAAAUAUGCCCAAAUGCUUUUUAAUGAACUUUUUGAAGACUAUUCAAAUGCUCUUAGACCAGUGGAAGAUACAGACACAGUACUGAAUGUCACGCUUCAGAUCACACUUUCCCAAAUUAAAGAUAUGGAUGAAAGAAACCAAAUAUUAACAGCCUACUUAUGGAUUCGACAGACUUGGCACGAUGCCUAUCUGAAGUGGGACAAGGAUAAAUAUGACGGUCUGGAUUCUAUCCGAAUUCCCAGCAACCUUGUAUGGAGGCCAGACAUCGUCCUAUACAACAAGGCUGAUGAUGAUUUUUCUGAGCCCGUGAACACCAACAUUGUAUUGAGGUAUGAUGGAAAAAUUACUUGGGAUGCACCAGCUAUAACCAAGAGCUCGUGUGUGGUGGACGUGUCUUACUUCCCCUUCGACAGCCAGGAGUGCAAUCUUACCUUUGGUUCCUGGACCUAUAACGGUAACCAGGUGGAUAUAUUCAAUUUCUUGGACAGUGGUGACCUCUCUGAUUUUAUCGAAGAUGUGGAGUGGGAGAUUCAUGGCAUGCCGGCUGUUAAGAAUGUGAUCACGUACGGCUGCUGCUCAGAGCCUUAUCCAGAUGUUACAUUCACCCUUAUUUUGAAAAGGAAAUCAUCUUUCUACAUAUUUAAUCUCCUCCUUCCUUGCCUUUUGAUCUCUUUUCUGGCCCCGCUGGGGUUCUACCUACCAGCAGACUCUGGAGAAAAAGUCUCUCUUGGAGUUACCGUGCUGCUUGCUCUAACCGUGUUCCAACUAAUGGUCGCAGAGAGCAUGCCUCCUUCUGAAAACGUACCUUUGAUCGGUAAAUAUUACAUUGCUACUAUGACAAUGAUCACAGCAUCCACAGCAUUGACCAUCAUUAUAAUGAAUAUUCACUAUUGCGGAUCAGGAGCCAAACCCGUCCCACAAUGGGCAAGGGUGGUUAUUUUGGACUACAUGUCAAAAAUCUUCUUUGUUUACGACGUGGGUGAAAACUGCACAAGUUUGCGACGGAUGGAAGACCAAGACUCAAAGCUGAAAAAAACCGAUACAUGUCCAAGAAUGGAAGAGAUACACGAAGGGGGAAUGAGAUCCCUUGCUAAGAUCAAAAGCAAUGGUGGUGACCUCAGAAAGAAGCAGCCCGGGGAAGUGAAUGAUGGAUACAGAGUCCCGUGUGAAAAUGAAAGGGAUAUUGUUAGCUGUUGCUCAUGCUACAAAAUAUUGAUUAAGAAUAUUGAAUACAUCGCGAAUUGCGUAAGGCGCCACAAAGCUAACCAUGCAAAAGGCGUGGAGUGGAAAAAAGUGGCAAAAGUGAUGGACAGGUUCUUCAUGUGGAUCUUUUUCAUGAUGGUCUUUUUCAUGAGUGUUCUGAUUAUUGGCAAAGCACUCUGA